GUCAUUCCUUAAUUUCUUAGAUUUCAGAAUUGAAAUCAAAGCCAAAUAGGAAAUCAAUCUUCUGCAAUUCCACCAAAGUCUCAUAAGCCAAACUACCUUCUUCUAAAAACCCUGAAUCUUACCUGGAAGAAUGGAAGACGACCAACCAACCACCCUUGCCAUCACGUUACCUUCUUCUUAACCAAACCUUUUCUUUCCUUUGCGUUUUGGUAACCAUUUAACCUAACACAUCGAAGAGUAAGAGCUGGGUCUUUAUUAACCAACCAAAAUACCAUACUAAGCAACAUAUAGGAGCACCGGAGGAGCAUGGAGGACUUCCCACAAGACCUCAUCCUCAACAUCCUUUCAAGACUACCUGUGAAGCUUCUUAUCCAAUCUAGAUGUGUAUCUAAACUCUGGUGCAACCUAGUCGACAGCCAAUGUCUCGCAAGCAUGCACCUUCGACAAGGCUCCGAAGAACCCAGCCUUCUUCUCGUUGCAUGUCCCACUGGUAAGGCAAGUAUAACAAGUCUGUAUUUGCUUAAAGAAGACAGAGGGACUCUCAGGACAAGUCAUAAUGCAACUAUGCAGAUUUUGAAUUCUCGCAAGUAUGGUCCAUGGUGUUCCUGCAAUGGCUUGCUUUGUUUCGCCAGACAUGGUGAUGGGCUGCUUUCUUCUAGACACGAUGGUCGGGAGCUUGUCUUCAUAUGUAAUCCUCUCAGAGGCGACGUUUUAACUCUACCACCGAUAACUACGAUAUCACCAGUACCUGUGGGACAGAAAUAUGGAUUAGGCUAUUAUCCUUCAACCAAAGAAUACAAAGUAGUAAGAAUAUUCUAUCAUGCUUUUGAUGGGAUCAAUGACCAAUACAGCUUUGGCGCCGAGAUAUACACUUUGCGUAGCAAGUCUUGGAGAGACGUCCGCAGCACACCUCCUUAUGCAGUCACUGGAAAACCUGUAUUUGCAGAGGGUUCCUUGCACUGGAUGAUCAAUUCUGAACUACAUCCCAACAAAACAGAGCAUGUGAUCUUAUCAUUCAACAUUGCAAGAGAGGAAUUUAGUGUGAUGCCCCAUCCUGACAUUGGAUUGAAAAAUCAUGAUAUGUUGGCACUGGUUGACUUGGGUGGGUCUUUGUCUCUAGUUGAUUCUUCAUCAGAUAAACACAUUUUGAUAUGGGUAUUGAAGGAUUACAACAAGAGGUGCUGGCUCAGAGAAUAUUGUAUCAGUAUAAAAGCACCCGAAGGGUGGAGUGGGAGGUCGAAUAAUGGACAUAUUAGAGUCAUAGGCUUCUGGGAGCAUGGGGAGAUAUUGCUCACUUCAAGUGAGGAUAGUUUUUUCUCAUUUAAUCCUAGGACUGAUGCACUCAGGUAUGUCCAUGUCUCGGUUCUUCCACAUGACAUAGCAAGAUCAGAAGUCUAUGGACAUACAGGAAGUCUGGUGUCCCUCAAGGCUUAUGACUUAACUGCAAAGAUAGAUGUAAAUGCAGUGCAAGACAGUUGCAACCUAGAAGCUACAGCACAGAAAUUGGAACAAUGAGGUUCUUUAUGUACUCCGCUAAUGUUUCUCUAUCUGAGAUUGUUUAUUCUUCAGUAGAAUCAUUUUGGGAGAAGUUCAAGGAUCUCUCUUUUUUUAUAUUAGUAGAAAAUCUUGGUCUCUUCACUGAGUUAACAUAA